UAGGUAAAAGACGUCAAAGUCACGAGGCAGAUAUCAGCUGAUUUCACAUAAAAGUCAUGUUUAAACCAAAACAAAAUAAGAAUGUAAAUUAAACUAACAAGUCUGUGAAAUAACAUAGAAAAAUUUUUGUUAGAUAAAAUAAAUUAUUACUUUCUAUAGCUAAAAUGAGUGCUUUCAUAACGAUAAAUAGUUUACCCAUUGAGAUAUUUAUAGAAUUUUUUAUCAAACUAGAUGGCUACAGUUUAAUGAAGUGUAGAGAAGUGUGUAAAAAGUGGAAAGAGGCCAUAGAUAACAACGACAUUCUCUGGCAAGAAGUUUGCCGAAAGGAAUUUAAGAAGUCGUCAAGAAUAGCAAAGAAAAAAAGUGGAGAUAUAUUAAGUUGGUACCAUGUUUACAGAAAUCUAAAACUCUGGUCAAACAUUUCUUCUUAUGAAAAAACAGUAAAAGAAUUUUAUAAAUUCAAUUUGCAUGAUAGUUCACAUGUAUUAGGUAUUAAUUAUGGUGUUUUACCACUGAAAGAUGCAAAAGGAACAGUCUUCUACGACAUGACUGAUUUAAAAUACAUUCCUGUUGCACUACCAGAGAAAAACUACUUAAAAAUAAGUAAUAAUAACCAUGCCACUGUAAUCCAAGUUAAAUUCGGGAUUUAUGUUCAACGAACUUUGAAAGUCCCUAAUUAUAAUACUGAAUAUUACUUUAAAGCUGAUAAAUAUGUUUUAAAUGGGGAUUUUUUAUUAUUUUACAAUAAUAGAGAUGUCUAUAAAUGUAAUUUAUUGCAAAAAGAAUUAACACCAAAUUUAAUACUGCACUGCAACUAUGAUAUUAAAGAAAUACAAUAUUGUGAUGCAUACAUAUAUCUAUUCACCGAUUGUGGUAGAAUUCUAAAUCUCAAUUCUAAUAAUUCUGUGACAGAAAAAAAAAUUAAAUGCCCAGCAGAAUGGAUAGUACACAUUAAGAAUAUAAAUGCAAUUGAUGAUAAAAAUUUUAUUUGCUAUUCUAGAAACUUAUUUAAAAUUGAAACUGAUGAAUAUCAACAUUUAUACCUUGAUUUCCCCCCAAUAACUGCCUUGUUUUUUUAUAUUGAUAUUGUAUUAAUUGGUCUAAGGAAUGGAAGUAUUCUUGUAUAUAGAUUAUCUAGCCAAAAAAAAGCUAAUAGGCCUGUGUUUGAAACAUUAGCCGAGUUACCAGAUGGAAAAUUUCCUGUACAGCUAGAUGUUUGUGAAAGAAGGUCAGGACCUACGAUUGUUGCAGCAACAUUUUUUGAAUUGUAUAUGAUUGAUGUUAAGUUUUUCCCUGGUGAGACAACAGUAAAGAAUACUUUUACAAGCAAUAAACUGAACAUGUACAAAAGAUUAAGAUGUCUCAAAGAAAGGUUGCAAUCAACAUUGCAACAGCAGGAUGUUACUAUUUUAGAAAAUAGAUAAAAAAAGAAUUAUCCAUAUUGUUCAAUUGCAAUGCUGUCAUACUUAAGUGCUUUUAUUUGUUUUAGGUAGAUUUAAUGAUAAAUAAUAACAUAAUAUAUUUUAAAUUGUUUAUAAUUCUCCACAAAGUUCUUGUGAACUUAGAGAUGCAUGUUAGUUAGUGAUUACAAAGCAAUUUUUAAAAAUGUAUUAGGUAUUUAUAGCCAUACUAGUCACUA